AAUGGAGAUUCCCGAGGAGUAUAAAGACUUUAACAUUGGUAAAGACCCUGAUCAAGAGGAUGGUAUCGGUGAGACCAAUCAGUACCCUAUUGUUCCAAUAAAUCCUCUCUAUUUACAGACAAUACUUGCACCUGGGAAGGCUGUUAGGGUUAGGAAAGAUAUCGACCUAAUGAAGUCUAAUAUGAGAGAAUAUGAGAAAAUCAGUUUUUAUUGGAAAGUAGACCAGCUGACUGAUUUUGAGAAUAUUGAAAUUUAUUCUAGGACAAAAGACAUUAAGUUCCUGAUCCCUCUGGGCUGUGAGGAUGAAAUCAUAGGUGUCCAAUUUAUACAGACUGGAGAAAUCUACAUUGCGUGCAGUAGAGUUAGAGAAGACUUAGAUGCUUAAGCCCAAGAAUAAAAUUUACCAAUAUUGCUAUA